AUGUCAAGCAGUCAUGGCUUGGACGAAUCGGCCGCGGGGGGCAAUCCAUCCGAUUCUGAUUCCGAUCUAGAGGAGCUCCAGGAUGAUAUCGCUAAAUUUGACCAGUCAGUAAGAGAAUUCUUGAAUUCUCACCAAGGACGGCUAGAACCACCUUUUCCAGGGCGUGGAGUGGCCAGAGGGCGAGGAUCUCGAGGAGCUCGGGGGCCUCGCAAGGCUGCCAAACCUCGAGGAGACAUCACGGCUAGGCUGGCCAAAGUUAACCAGGCGUUUCUCCUUGGAGAUUACUCAAAGGCCUUGGACCUGGUCUCAGAAGUAAUUAGAAUCAAUGCUGAAACACACCAAGCAUGGACGGCGUUAUCGUCCAUCUUCCGCGAGCAGGGAGAGCAUGCCAGGGCGUUAUCUGCCAUGGUAUAUGCUGCUCAUCUUCGACCCAAGGAUGUUGCUGCGUGGCUUGACUGUGCAUCUUUUGCGCUCAACAUCGUAUCUGAAGAUGAGGCGAGUAAUCUGCAGACAGCACGAUUGUGCUACUCUGCUGCCCUCAGAGCAGACCCCACGAAUCUAGCUGCUAGACUUGGCAAAGCUACCGUUUGUCACCAACAGGGUCAUCUAGCUGCUGCGAUAUCAGAGUAUAACAUUGUCCUCAAACAUCAUCCGUAUGAUCUCGAGAUCGUACGGAAGCUGGCAGAAGCUUGCAUUGACAAUAAGAAUACUGAGGCCGCCGUUCCCUCCGCUAUCGUGGCAUAUCGACGUUAUUUUGACUAUGAAAUUGAGAACACGCCGCUUCAUGGCUCCAGCGCUCCGUGGCAUGAUAUAGGAAUCUAUGUUGAGCUUAUCGCAUCAACCGGUGGAUAUGCUGAAGCCAUUUACGAACUCAAAGCAUUGUCUAGAUGGCUCGUAGGCCGUGUCCAGGAGCAAUACUGGGAUCAAUGGCAGGUCGACGACUGCGAAUGGGACGAGAAUGACGAGCGUAGAAGUCAUGUGCCUCAUUUCCAUGAUUCAAUGUUUGACCCGGAGCUCUACGGUCCCUCCCUACCCCUGGAUUUCCGAGCUCGACUGGCAAUGUAUAGGCUCAGACUAGGAGAAGAAGAAGAAGCUUUUAGACAUUUGACUUGGUUGGAUCCAGAUAAUCCGCGUACAUUCGACUUCAUCACAGAAUUUCCUUUCAUUUCAUAUGACCUUGCAAGCGAGAUCGCCAAGUAUGGCCAGCCACAGAGAGCCAUCCGAUAUCUCGAGUUACUUCGAGCUUCGACUGAAGAAGCGGAUGCCACACUCUUGGUUCAACUAGGGCGAUGCUAUUUAGCUACCGGACAACAAUCUACCGCAGAGGAGUGUUUCCACGCGGCCAUUGAUGCCGAAGAGUACAACAUCGACGCCCGUAUCGAAUUGGCAAACAUGUACGAGAAAGCUAAAGAAGAUGAAGAAGCCCUCAUUCUCGCUGCGGAGGCAAUGGCGCUCAAGGAAGCCCAAGGACAACCCCUUAGCGAGUCUUCUACAAAGGAGCAACUCCAUACAUUUUCAACAAUGAUGGCAGAUCGUGGUAUACGAGGCAUGGCACCUCCUCAGUCACGGGUGGGACCUAGACAGGCCAAACCAAAGUCCACCCAAGCGGCCCGUAUCUUACCCAGGAGAUACCGUGCAAAACGAUUUGCAAACCCGGACAAGCGCCGUCAAGACGAACGUUCGCGUGCCAUUAAACUAUCCCGGCAGUACGAGCUAGUUCGUGGCCUUAAACAGCAGAUCAAGUCUGGCUCCAAUGAUCUCAUCCCAGUCUGGAUGGAAUCUUGCAAGGAACUUGUUGACGAUUUUCGAUCCCUCAAGAGAUUCUAUACCUGGGAUAAAUAUCUUCAUUUCCUUGGGAAGAAGGAGCUACUGGAACAAUUCGCGAACGAGGAGGGGAAUACCGAACUAUCACAAAUGUUUGAGCGUCUCACACGAUCUCUUGCACCUCAAGGAGACUCUUUACCUGGGCCAGCAUUCGAUAACCAUCAAGGAAUAUCGUUCGAUGACUGGCUCGACUUGUUUCUCGAUUAUGCCAUUGGCUUGUCUCUUGCGCAUCGCCGCGAAGAAGCAUAUCAGGUAUGCGAGUCGGCAAGGGACUCGACCGUAUUUCAGUCGCCUCAACACAAUUUCGCCAUUCAUAUGGCCUGGAGUGUGUGCGCCAUUAAUACAAAUGAUGAAGAAAAGUGUAUUACAGUGGCUCGUCACUUGAUGAGAGAUGGCGGAAUAUCCGACUCUUCUCGAAUGUUUGCGUUGCUCUCGAAGUUAUGCCAGUCGCCUGUUUCGUGGUACACUUCAGGACCAGCCCAAAAAUUCAUCCUGAGACAGAUUAAAGCGAUUGAUAUGAGCUACGAAGCUACAAUGAAGAUUGCCGGGAAGAAUGAUCUCGGCCAAGAUGCAGCGACCGCCGCGAAACUGAACAUGGACAUAUGUCUCUUGAUGCUUUACGGCCAUAUUCUCUUCACUUCCACGAGCUACACAUAUGCGAUAGGAUAUUUCCUGCGUGCGUGGUCACUUGACCAUGAGAAUGCCAUGGUCAACUUGAGUCUGGGCCUUGCAUAUGUCCACUAUGGCCUUAAGCGGCAAUCGACCAACCGACAAUACCUGCUCCUACAAGGACAAGCUUUCAUAAGCCGCUAUGUACAAUCAGGGGGAGACGAGCCACAACUCCAAGCUGAGAGAUAUUACAAUGUGGGAAGGCUCUUUCAACUGCUCGGUAUUGGAUACCUCAGCUUGCAGUAUUACACAAAAGCAUUGGAAGCAAACAAAUUGGCAGGUGGAAAGAAGCUCUUAAAGGAUAUCAUCUUCGUCAACGAAACCAUAUCCUUGCUAUCAACCAACCAUAAGAGCCUAGCACAUGAACUACUGGUAAAAAAUUUGAAGCUGUAAUGUUGAUAGCUACCAACGGCACAGCGUUUCAGAAUUGAUUGCGACG